AUGAGCAGUAAUAUUACGUUUGGCACUAUUUUUUCCAGGCUUGACUUUCCCCCCCAAGACAUGAUAAGCUUACUACAAAAAAUAUUUUCCAUGCUAAUGAUGAUAGAAUUUGUUCUAGGAAAUGUUGCCAAUGGAUUCAUAGCGCUGGUGAACUGCCUUGACUGGGUCAAGAAACACAAGAUGUCCUGUGCUGAUCAAAUUCUCACUGCUCUGGCUGUCUCCAGAAUUGGUUUGCUCUGGACAAUAGUAUUAAAUUGGUAUGGAACUGUGUUUAAUCUACCUUUAUAUAGUUCUGACAUAAGUCUUGUGGUUUAUAUUGCCUGGAUAGUAAACCAUCAUUUUUGUGUCUGGCUUGCUACUAGCCUCAGCAUACUUUAUUUGCUCAAGAUAGCCAAUUUCUCCUCUCUUCUAUUUCUUCAACUAAAAUGGAGAGCUGAAAGAGUGGUUCUCAUGAUACUGUGGGGGAAUUUGUUCAUCUUGGUUUGUCAUCUUACACUGCUAAGCAUAAAUCAAAAAAUGGAGAUGCAUGAUUAUGGAAGAAACAUCACUUGGAAGACGCACUUGAUGGAGGUUAUGCACCUUUUAAAUAGUACUGUAUUCACGCUUACAAACAUCAUACCCUUUACUAUGUCCCUGACAGCUGUUCUGCUGUUAACAUUUUCUAUGUGGAAACAUCUCAAGAGGAUGCAGCUCAAUGGCAAAGGAACUCAAGAUCUCAGCACCAAGGUCCACGUAAGAGCCAUGCAAACUGUGAUCUCCUUUCUGUUGCUAUUUGUCAUUUAUUUCCUUGCUCAAAUCAUCACAAUUUGGUCGUCUGAAGUUUUGCAGAAUAAUUUCCUUCUCAUGCUAUGUGAGGUUCUUGGAAUCCUGCAUCCUUCAGCCCACUCAUUGAUUCUGAUUUGGGGGAACAAAAAGUUAAGACAGGCCUUUCUGUUAUUUCUGUGGAAGCUGAGAUGCUGGCUGAAGGAAAAGAAAUAAGGGAGGGGAGGGCACCUUGCG